CUGGGGCAGGAUGAGCGCUCCUUUCCAAGAUGGCGGCGGAGGGAGGUGGGAAGGAGAUGAACGAGAUUAAGACCCAGUUCACCACCCGGGAGGGGCUGUACAAGCUGCUGAGCCACUCGGAGUACAGCCGGCCUAACCGCGUGCCCUUCAACUCGCAGGGCUCCAACCCCGUCCGCGUCUCCUUCGUCAACGUCAACGACCAGAGCGGCAACGGGGACCGGCUCUGCUUCAAUGUGGGCCGGGAGCUCUACUUCUACAUCUACAAGGGGGUCCGCAAGGCUGCGGACUUGAGUAAACCAAUAGACAAAAGGAUAUACAAAGGAACACAGCCUACAUGCCACGACUUCAAUCAUUUAACAGCCACAGCAGAAAGUGUGUCUCUUCUAGUGGGCUUCUCUGCAGGCCAGGUCCAACUUAUAGACCCUAUUAAAAAAGAAACUAGCAAAUUAUUUAAUGAGGAAAGACUAAUAGACAAGUCCCGAGUAACCUGUGUAAAAUGGGUACCAGGUUCGGAAAGCCUUUUCCUAGUAGCUCAUUCCAGUGGCAAUAUGUACUUGUAUAACGUGGAGCACACUUGUGGUACCACAGCCCCGCACUACCAGCUACUUAAACAAGGAGAGAGUUUUGCAGUGCAUACUUGCAAGAGCAAAUCCACAAGAAACCCUCUGCUUAAAUGGACAGUAGGUGAGGGUGCCCUGAACGAAUUUGCCUUUUCCCCUGACGGGAAGUUCUUGGCCUGUGUGAGCCAGGAUGGUUUUCUUCGCGUGUUUAACUUUGAUUCGGUGGAAUUGCAUGGUACAAUGAAAAGCUACUUUGGAGGACUGCUGUGUGUGUGUUGGAGCCCCGAUGGGAAGUACAUAGUGACGGGCGGAGAGGAUGACUUGGUGACGGUUUGGUCUUUCGUGGACUGUCGAGUCAUAGCGAGAGGCCACGGGCACAAAUCGUGGGUCAGCGUCGUUGCGUUUGAUCCGUACACCACUAGUGUAGAAGAGAGCGACCCGAUGGAAUUUAGCGGAAGCGAUGAGGAUUUCCAAGACCUUCAUUUUGGCAGAGAUCGAGCAAAUAGCACGCAAUCUAGACUGUCCAAAAGGAACUCUACAGACAGCCGUCCAGUAAGCGUUACGUACAGAUUUGGUUCGGUAGGCCAGGACACGCAGCUCUGUUUGUGGGAUCUUACAGAAGAUAUCCUCUUCCCCCACCAACCUCUCUCAAGAGCAAGGACACAUACAAAUGUCAUGAAUGCCACAAGUCCACCUGCAGGAAGUGGUGGAACUAACCCAGGAAGUAAUGGAAACAGUAUCACAACACCUGGAAACUCUGUACCCCCUCCUCUUCCGCGGUCAAACAGCCUUCCACACUCUGCAGUCUCAAAUGCUGGCAGUAAAAGCAGUGUCAUGGAUGGUGCCAUUGCUUCUGGCGUUAGUAAAUUUGCAACCUUAUCGCUGCACGAUCGGAAGGAAAGACACCAUGAGAAAGAUCACAAGAGAAACCAUAGCAUGGGACAUAUAUCUAGCAAGAGCAGUGACAAACUGAACCUAGUUACUAAAACCAAAACGGACCCAGCUAAAACUUUGGGAACACCUCUCUGUCCCCGAAUGGAAGAUGUUCCCUUGUUAGAGCCUCUUAUCUGUAAAAAGAUAGCACAUGAAAGACUGACUGUGUUAAUUUUUCUUGAAGACUGUAUAGUCACUGCUUGUCAGGAGGGAUUUAUUUGCACAUGGGCAAGGCCUGGUAAAGUGAUUCAGCAGAACACAGACAUGGCUGUAUCUAGAUUCUCUCUGCACACCUGUCCGGUAGGAGCUGGGGCAGAGUGUCGUCAUUCCUUCUAGGACUCUACAGGAGCUCUUUCCUCUGUGGACUCUGGUGCAGGUGACCUCUGUUAAGAGAAAAACUCCUUUAUAUACACAGAAGAGAAGUUGCAAGUGAAACCCUAAAGGUGCUACAGUCUUUUAUAAGGUCUGGUGUCAAAUGAUUUAUGUAUUUAUACUUUUGUGUAAUGUUAUCAGAACAGAGAAAAAAAGGCAAAUGAAAUACAAAUUUAAAAGCCCAUUUAGUGAACACACAAACUGUGUUCAGCUUUGCUAUAUCCCCCUAAAUCCCAUACAGAAUACUUCUCUGUAGCAUGUUAUGUGAAUGAACAGCAUGUGCUUUCCUGAGCAUUUUUAUUAAAUUAAUUUUAUUACUCCAUUAGAUUAAUAUGUGAUUUAGGGAGUAUAUGCAGUUCAGAAACUUUUGCUGUUAAAGACUUAUUCUUUGGAUAAAGAACUUGAAGAUUUUGUUCAUGCAAGUCUUAAAACCAAUUCAGCUAAUUUAACUACAGAAUUUUAAACAAAUACGAGAAACCUCACUUUGGUUUUGGUGUAUUAUUGUUCAAACACUCUAAUGGACCAUGGGCUCUUUUCUCAAGCAAAGCUUCAGUCCAGAUUACUUUGUAACUCUAGUUACCUAGUAACCCUAAUUAAUCCAGGAAUAUCACAGUUCUGGACAAGAAUAAACUACUCCUGCAGUAUUUUUCAAAUAAUAACUUCCCAUUAUUUUACAUACUGGCAAUAGUAGAAAUGGUUUAACAAACCAGUACCAUUCUUGUAUGGGCAUUUGUUAAUUCAGCCAUAUUUUAAUUGGUUUAAUUGCAUUAGUGAAGUGUACUAUGAGACUUCUUUUUUUACAUUGGAUUGUUUGUUAUGUUGCACCUUUUCCUUUAUUUUUUCUAACUUUCAAUUUCAAACCAGAAAGUAAAAGGUGAGCAGAGUUUGACAUCCAGCAUGUUCUGAGUGCCAGCAGAGCUGUUUCCCUGAAGGAGACAUGCACUUUCUGUAUCCUGCUUGCAUGUCCAGACUUGCUGUUUAUUAUCUAGAUUAGUGAAACUGUGUAUGAUUGCACCUUUGGCUCCAAUUAAACAUCUUUUAAUUUAAAUGAAGAAAAUAUUAAUUCAGUGGCUACUGCUUACUAUUUUCUUAUUUAAUAUUGCAAUGCCUUCCUGUUUGUUUUGGUUUUUUUUUUUUAAUUUUUUAAAAUUUUUUUAAUACAGCAAUUACAUGCUGAUCUUUCAUAGAAUUAGUUUCUCUUGUGAAACAUGGUGUUUCAUGUCAUUAGAAAAAAACCCCAGACUUCGGAUUGUAUCUGGAAUUUUUCAAAAUCUCUCCACCCUUCUCCUCACAAUGCCAUGCAUGGGGAGCAGGGUUUGUGUUCGUGCUGCUGCAGCGUACAGACCCCAGCAAAUGAGUGCCCGAAGCUCGGGUGCAAAUGGCCUUCCUGACUGUAUUUGUUACAGCUUUUCAUUCCGCCCCAUGCCAGCGUAUUUUUACCAGAUGUGCAAAGUCCUGUGUGCUUCAGGAAGUCAGAGAACGCGCGGAUAAACAGGAGACAGCCCUAGCAGCUAGAGCUGAAGCAGCCUGUGUUCAGUACUCACAGCACUGACUGCCUUAGGAAAAAUCACCCCAUCCUCUGAAAGCUGCAUUGCUCAGCUGUGGAGUGUCCCAUUAAGAUGACAGCAGCCACCUCUCUGAGGUUGGGAUGAAUAUUGUUUUACUAAAUUCCUGUCUUGGAUCUCAUAACUCUUCCAUUUCCCACGCCUGCUAGACUCAUAUGCUGACAAAAUACUACUGCUAAUAAAACGCUACAUUUAUUUACAAAACUUUGAGCAGUGUCUUAAUUUGUUCCUGCUGCUUGCUCAGUGGGAUCUGUUUGUCCUUAAGCCCGAAGCUGCUGCACCAGGCGGCAGAGCUGCAGCUGUUGUGGCUCUGCUCUUCCCUGUUUCCUGUCACAGCUGUUAAACAGGCUGACUUGGCUGUUGCUCUAAUAAGUUGCUGCAGCUUUUGUUUCAUCUUUUCCCACCUGACAGACUGGGUAGUUCCAUCACAGAAAGCACUACACUCUAAUGGCUUUCUUCUUUCUUUGCAGGCCAGGAGCUUUUUAUAUCUUUUCACUACCUUACCCAUCGUGUUCUUCUAGAGAAUGUAACUACAACUGUUCCAAUCCCACACUCUUUGUAUCACAGAUGAGAUUUACUGUGAACUUUUGUAUCAAAGCAGUAACUUUAUUUGAGCCCUAACUUGCUUUUCUUAGGUUGUUUUCCUCUAUCACCAAACACAACCUUGUUAAUAGCCUUGCUUGGAAGGCUCUGAAACAAUGGCAAAAUGCUGUAGAAUUUUUGUUUUAAUCAGGACCCACUGAGAACUCACCACCUUUGGUGAAACUUACGUGCCUAAAAACCAAAUUCAUACUCUUGCUUUUCUUGUAUGAACAUUUAAGAUGUCUUCCGAAAUCAAGUGCUUGGAAGAACUCACAAACUUUCUGGUCUCUCCCCUAGGAGCGAAUUUCUGAAUGGCAUCAUAGCCUAGUCCAAGUUUUAAGGCAGUACUUGCAUACAUUUGUUCCAUCUGCAGAAGCACAAGGAUAUUGGUCUUGAGGUUAUUUCCACUUCAGUGUUCCUCUGGCUUGCCUGCUCAGAGUUGCAGAAUUAAUUCAGAGCAAGGACUGAAAUAGAAGGAAUUCCUAGUACUCACUGAAAGCCAUCUGCACUGAGCUGCUGCUCUUCACAGCAGGGAGCAUUCACCACCUAUGAGAUGUAACCAGGACUGACUCCUUGUUCCUAGUCUUGGAACUUGCAUUCUAGAAUGGCUGAUAGUUCACGGGGAAUGAGGCAUCACACUGAAUUGCAGUAUGUGCUGCCAGUUUCUGGAGGAAUCCUAGGAAAAGAACUUCAUUUUGUUUCCCAAGAAUUGGUUGUGUUACAAUGUAAAUCCAAUGCUAGAAUAGAGCUUAUUUCUCCUGUAUAGGGUGGUUAUGAGCCUGUUGAAAAAGACUUGACAUUAUGCCGUCCCUAGAGCUUCCUGUGUGCUUAUAAAGCACAUAUUUGAUAUGAACAGUUUGGAUUGCUGAUUUAAUUAAAACUGAAAAUAAUACCUUUGGACGUCUUUUUCCAGGGUACUUCAAAGUUGCUUAGUGGAUGUAAUCUUCUGACAAGAAAGACCUUCCAGUUGCUGCUGGAUUUAAUAGACUUGUGAAGAAUGCUUCAGUAAUGAACUAGUGAAUUCUGAUUCAACUUUGUCACUUUGCAACAAAACUUCCCU